CACAGAGCCAAUGAGGCUAUUAAUAUCCUUCGUGCGAUGCAACUCUAUCUUCUUUACGAUAGCACCAUGAUCUUACAUUUCCUCCUCUUUCUAGUUUUCUAUGUUCUCACCAAGCAUUUCCUCAACAAAAUCCAAAAUCUCCCAACAAGCCCAUUCCCUGCCCUCCCCAUAAUAGGCCACCUGCACCUCCUCAACAAACCUCUCCAUCGUUCCCUCUCCACCAUAUCUAAACGUUACGGUCCCAUACUCCUCCUCCAGUUUGGCUCCCGCCGUGUCCUGCUUGUCUCUUCCCCAUCUGCCGCAGAAGAAUGCUUUACCAAGAACGAUAUCAUCUUUGCCAACCGUCCACGCCUACUUGCUGGCAAACAUAUAGGCUACAACUUCACCAGCCUUGCUUGGGCUCCUUAUGGUGAUCUUUGGCGCAACCACCGUAAAUUAUCCUCCCUUGAAAUUCUAUCUUCUCACCGUCUCGAGUUACUCUCUGGUAUACGAAGUGAUGAGGUGAAGUUACUGAUCCGUCGUUUGUUUAGGAACAAAGACGAGAUAGUGGAUUUGAAAUCAGCCUUCUUUCAGUUGAUAUUGAACGUGAUGAUGAGGAUGAUAGCUGGGAAGAGAUACUACAACGAAAAUGUGGAAGAAGUGGAGGAGGUAGCAAGCUUCCAGGAGAUUGUGAGGGAGACAUUUCAAAUGGCUACAUCUAACAUGGGAGACUUUUUGCCCUUAUUAGCUAAGGUAGGAGGCGUAGAGAAGAGGCUUCUUGAUUUGCAGAAGAGGAGAGAUGGGUUUAUACAAAGUUUGAUUGAAGAACAUAGAAAUAAAAUGACAAUUUCACUCCCUGAUGAGAAAAAUAAGACGUUUAUUGAGGUUUUGUUGACGCUUCAACAAUCGGAUCCUGAAAGCUACACAGAUCAAACUAUUAAAAGCAUCAUGAUGGCUCUGUUGGGAGCAGGAACUGAUACUUCAGCUACAACCAUGGAAUGGGCGAUGUCACUUUUAGUGAAUAAUCCUGAAAUUUUGAAGAAAGCACAGAAGGAAAUUGAUAAUGUCAUGGGAUAUGAUCAUUUAAUUACUGAAUCUGAUACAUCAAAGAUUCCCUAUCUUCAAUGUAUUAUAAGUGAAGUCCUGCGAAUGUACCCAGCAGGUCCCUUGUUGGUUCCUCAUGAGUCAUCAGAGGAGUGCUCUAUUGGAGGCUACCGAGUACCACCUGGCACCAUGCUGCUUGUGAACGUAUGGAGCAUACAAAAUGAUCCUCAAGUUUGGGACGAGCCCCAGAAAUUCAUACCGGAAAGAUUUGAUGGGCGUGAGGCAGUGGUGAGAGAUGGUUUUCGGUUGAUGCCUUUUGGGUCAGGAAGGAGGAGCUGUCCUGGAGAGGGUUUGGCCUUGCGCAUGGUUGGUUUGACCUUGGGUUCAGUCCUUCAGUGCUUUGAGUGGGAAAGAGUUGGCAACGAAAUGGUGGAUAUGACUGAAGGAGUUGGACUCACAAUGCCCAAGGCUCAGCCUUUGCUAGUUAAAUGUAGACCACGUCCAUCCAUGGUGAACCUUCUUUCUCAAGUUUAAAUUAUUGGAUCUAUUUCAAUUUCCAAGAUCUUUUGGUUAAAAAGUUCGUAUCACUGUCGUUUAUAAAAAAAAAAAGUAUGUCUCCGUACAUGCAUUAACUCUUCCACUAUGGGUUCUUCUCAAUCUCAGUAUAAACCAACCGAUCCUUCACUAGAUUUUUUGUAUCAUGGAACAAAUGAUGAUGAUUCCACUUUGAGUCUCUUAUUUGAUUGCAUCUGUAUUUUAUAAUGUUCGAGUACUUGAACUUUGUGAUAAAUAAUUACACUUACA